AUGCGUGCCUUCCCAACAGCUCUUACCAUCGCCAAAGUGACAGCCAUGGUGCGCUGCCUUUGCCGCCUGCACAACUUCUGCAUCAAUGAGCGAUUGGAGAGGAUGGCAACAAAUUCGCAAGUGGAUUCUCCUUCUGAGGAGUGCACAGAGGAAAUGGCCGAACGUCUUGCAAGUGAUGAGAUGAACAUCGUGGUGGGCGAGGGAGGAAUGCACUUGGAUUGCAAAGGCGAUGAAUACCGACCGACAGGAUUACUCGAUGGAGGCCACCAUUUUGAUGACGUUUCUUACUGGUCCAGAGCUUAUCGAAAGAAGAAGAAUGGUGAAACUUUACCCAGAGAGCUCAUGCACGAAACAAUCCAACUGCAGGGUUUGCAGCGACCAACACCCAAGCACUGGGUGGGAAACACUCCUGCUCGCUCUUAUCAAACUUAG